AUGGGGUUCGUCUUCAAGACGCUCUUCGUGAUAGGUCUGCAGGGGACGGUGCGAGGAGGCACGAGAUGUCGCUACCAGCGGCUCCGCGGCGGCGGCGAGAAAGCGAUGAAGAUGCGGAGGAAGACCGAUGGCCGGCAGCCGCCCUUCCACAGGAGACUGAAUCGGAGGGGAUUUUCUCUCAUCUUGCUCCUCAAGAGGCUAUCCAACCUCUAUUCGCAGAUGGUCGCCGCCAUCACAUCCUUGGACGGAGUCCAUCCCACCAUCGUCUUCUCCUCCCAGUGGGGACUACCAGUUCUCUCUCACCACCCGUCUUCCGCCUCUUGCCGGAGGAGUGCAGUCAGUGCUCUUCACAGGAGCCUAUCUUUCUCAUGA